CUCUCACUCUUUGUGAACGUAUGAAUCGUUUCAGUAGUGCCUCUUGAAAGGACGACGCGUUAUCCGUACGACUUAAGGAGUACACAUAAUUUUUUAUCCAUCGGUUGUUGCGAAGUUUCUCGAAGGACUUUUACACGAAGAAAAUGCGGCUGUUCAUUGCAUUGGUAUCGCUCCUCGUAUGUGGAGAUGUGUUUAUCAGUCAAACAAAUGCCAGACGGGUACGCGUUCAACAUCCAGAAGAAGAAGAAGAGCAAGAAAGUGUUAGUUACUACGCAGCAGAACCUCAGGAAGACCGAGGACGUAUCGUUCUAGUAUCCGCAGCUGAUAGGUAUAAUGGUCUGUAUGGACAACAAGCAGCUUCAGCGAGAAGUAUUGAAAAUAACUACAUCCCUAGAGGAUCGUCAAGGGCUAACGAAGGAAGAACCAAAGAAGCCAAAGCACCUCCAGUGCAGACCAUUAGAAAUUAUAAUAAAGUGAAUGACGAUGGUUCAUUUACGUUUGGAUAUGAAGCCGCAGAUGGUAGCUUUAAAGAAGAAACUAGAGGUACCGACUGCGUAGUAAGAGGAAAAUACGGAUACGUAGAUCCAGACGGAAACAAAAGAGAGUUCACGUACGUCUCAGGAAAUCCCUGUGAUCCCAAUGCACCGAAAGAUCAAGAAGACGAAUCCGAAAACGAAACUGACAACGAAAACGUCCCAGCUAACUAUCCCACGCGACCAGUUCAACUCAUUCGCAGGCCAACGGUUGCACCAAAACCUGCAGUAACGCUAUUCCAAAACAAUUACGCACAAGAGGAAGAGGAACCAGAACCAGAACAGCUGUUGAGAGCGACUCCACAGCCCGUACGUCGCCCAACCUACAUUUCCCGACCACAAUAUAUCCAACAAGCAGCUUCAGCGCCCGAAGAACGCCCCAGCUAUAGACAACAACACGUGCCCAGUACUACUCCGUCGUCAGUAAUUUAUAGAACUAGUUCCCAUCCCGUAACCAUAACACCAAGGCCUGUAACCCAGGCGGUCACUCCGAGACAUCAAUUACCGGCAACUACUUACAGACCCCAGCUUCUACAAGUGGCAGUAACUCCAAGACCUAACUCUCUUUUAUACACCAAGCAAUUACAGUCCACUUUACAACCAAGCGCCUCUCCCGACAAAAACGACUUCGAAUCCGAAUUCCAUAAAUUCCAACAAGAAAAUAACAUCGUAUCACCGACGCCGACAGCUUUCACGGUUAAACCUACAACUCCGAGACCUAAACAAGUAGGUAGUCAUCCAGGACAGAUCUAUUCAACUGCUCUGGUUUACGAUCCAGCGACUGGACAAUACAACAAUCAAGUCUACCAGACUCUACCGCAAUCAGAAGGUGACUUUUCAUAUAAACAGAGAAUACAACCUUACGUACAAAAGCCUCGUCCGCAAAUUUUGAACAUCCAACAGUUGCAGCAACAGAGUCCGCUUUACUCGCAGACUCUUAGGCCACAAGCAGUUCCUCAGUCAGCUUAUCAAGCACAACAGUCUGAAUUGCAAUACCAAAACUCCGCCCAGCUCUUCGCUCAACAACAGCAGGUGAGAGCUCAACAACAAGAAGAUCAACGGCAACAGAGUAGACCACAACCCCAACAACAAGUGUACUAUCUUCAACCGACCGUUAAUCAACAUCAGCAUCAACAGCAACAGCAACUGCAACAGCAAGGCAGCUUAGGAACAAGCCAAAUUGAAGCGUUCCUACGAGGUCACAAUAUACAAUUUUAAUUUUUGCCAAAUGAUGCUGUGAGCAAAUAGAGUCGUCAAUAAACUGGAAGGCUAUUUUCUACAAUUGAAUAAAAGAAAAUAUACAUAAGUUAUGUUACCUUAUCUAAUCACAGUAUCGUUAAAUUAAUAUAAAAUUUAUUAUACAUAAGUCAAAAGAUAUUUAAUUCAAUGUGUUCUUACUCUAAAAAUGCCAUUAACUGGUGUAUCACUACUACAAAACUUUAUAUAAGAAGUCACGUCGCAAUUUUCUAAUUUAAUAAUUCCAUUUGGUACCUCUACAUAUUUAGUGUGAGAAUCAAUAUCAUGCAUGGUUAUAUACAAAAAAUGUUUAUUUAUUGUUAUUAUUUUUUCAAAACUAAAUUAUUUUUCACUUUAAAAAGUUUUAUUGAUAACAUAUCACGGAUUUGUUCAUUUUCGUACCUUCUCCUUCAAAUAAACUGUUGGCCACUCGAAAUUACUACAUAGAUUUUUAAGCAAAAUUUAGAGUUUAAUAUUUUGAAUAGUAAUGCAAAUUUUUGAACGCGGCUUGCAGAUUUUAGGAGCUACUUUUUUUUCGGAUUAAGCUGCAUGACGUAUAUUUAUCUUAGGACCAUAGGUUUAUUAUAUACGAGGUGAUCAAUGAAGCCAUGCAAAAAAUCUAUGUGUAACUUUGAGUGAUCUGAUAAUUAUGCAAUCUCUGGAAACACUGUUGUGAAAAGAGUUCAAAUUUGGUAAUGCAUGAACUAUUGUGGGGUAUUGUUCUCUCUAAUUAAAUAAAGAUAAUAUUUACGUAAUUACCUGUUUCUAGAAGUGAAAAAUAUUAACUUAAUUCUAAAUUAAAUCUUAAUACUUUUUGAUCGUUAAGUUUACAUUCAAUGAAAUAGGGCCAAUAAUAUACCCUUAAAAUACCAGUGCAAAUAUUUUUAAUUUCUGAGAAUAUUAUGUGCAUAUCAGAAUACUUAAAUGUAGUAACAAGAGAAAUUUUUUUCAAUGUUUAUUGUACAUGUUCACCGAUUUAAUUACGAACAUUGACCUGCAAUUAAUAGAGAUAGGCGGUACCUAAACCGUAUGGCUCGUAUAAUUUUUUCCAAACCUGUAUAGAUAGAAUAUCAUAAAUGUAUCUUAAUGCAUGAGAUGGUUUUCAAUUCCCGUCAAAAUUAUUGGUACUUUUUAUAUUUUUCUUUUUUGAUCGUUCAAAAAUUAAAAAAAUAUUGAAACGUACCAAAGACAAGCCACUUUAAAUAUUUUUAUGUUCUCAAUUGUAAUUUUAUUUUUAAUAUUAGCAGCUAUGGAGUUUAAAUAUUGUUGUAUUUCUAAUAGUUUUCGCUGUAAUCUCGCUUUAUAUUUAAUUGUAAUGUAAAGAGGUAAUUUUGUUUAACGUGACCUAAAUCUAAAAACUAUCAGAACUAUAUUAUAUGAUUCAGUUUUCGACGACUCUAUAAAUAUUGUUGUAUUACAUUUAAUUUUCUCAAAUUAAUUAUUUUAGUGUAUUUAUUAGAAGAAAUUUGUAUUCUACCUUUAGCGGUUUUGUGUAUUUGUCCUAUACAUAUUUUGAUCUUGUCAACUAUUGUGCCUUUUAAAAGUGUUUUAACCAAAAUGUUAUGUAUAUGUAGAUAGGUAUAGUUAAGUUAUAUUAUUGUUUCUGUAAUGUGUUAGGUAUUUACUAUAUUAAAUGUAAUAUUAGCUCUCAGAUAAUGUACAUACAAAAACAUUACGUGAAAUUUUUGACUUAUUUUUUUUUUGUUAUAAUAAAAGUAUUUAUGAA